GCUUUCGCUUCAUUUCUGGCGUUUAGCUGAUCCCAAAAUGCCUGAGCCCGCCAAGUCCGCGCCCGCCCCGAAGAAGGGCUCCAAGAAGGCCGUGACCAAGGCGCAGAAGAAGGACGGUAAGAAGCGCAAGCGCAGCCGCAAGGAGAGCUACUCAGUGUACGUGUACAAGGUGCUGAAGCAGGUGCACCCCGACACGGGCAUCUCGUCCAAGGCCAUGGGCAUCAUGAACUCGUUCGUCAACGACAUCUUCGAGCGCAUCGCCGGCGAGGCGUCCCGCCUGGCGCACUACAACAAGCGCUCGACCAUCACGUCGCGGGAGAUCCAGACGGCCGUGCGCCUGCUGCUGCCCGGGGAGCUGGCCAAGCACGCCGUGUCCGAGGGCACCAAGGCCGUCACCAAGUACACCAGCUCCAAGUAAACUACAAGACAAGUAAGAAGGCUCUAGACAAGUCUCUUCCUGUCAUUGCUCACUGCUGGACACAUCGAAGACUCACAAAUAAAACUGUGGAACAGGACAACUCUAGAACAGAAAUGGAGAUAAAUGCAACCAUGAGAGGAUCAAAGAGAACCUGGCUACAAUGCUUUCUUUUGUUCAGAGUAUAAUGAUAUUAUGUGUUCAAUGUAGGAAUUUGUAAAAGUAUAUAAAGAUAAUUAAAAUAACUCUAGCAUGUC